AGCCGUGACUGCUACCACAACACCUCUGUUAAGUUGUUGCACAGUGCAUACUCUGUAACCACCCUGAUCACGAAACAUGGCCACCAACGUUGGACCUCAAAUUCGCUCUGGAGAGCUUGUCUUUGGCGUUGCUCACAUCUUCGCCUCCUUCAACGAUACCUUCGUCCACGUCACCGAUUUGUCCGGUAAGGAAACCAUCGUCCGUGUCACUGGUGGUAUGAAGGUCAAGACCGACCGUGACGAGUCUUCUCCCUACGCCGCCAUGUUGGCUGCUCAAGACGUCGCUGCCAAGUGCAAGGAGGUUGGUAUCACUGCUCUUCACAUUAAGAUCCGUGCUACUGGUGGUACUGGCACCAAGACCCCCGGUCCCGGUGCUCAAGCUGCUCUCCGUGCUUUGGCCCGUGCUGGCAUGCGUAUUGGUCGCAUUGAGGAUGUUACUCCCAUCCCCACCGACUCUACUCGCAGAAAGGGUGGUCGUCGUGGUCGCAGACUUUAAGCAUUUUGCUUUGUUCCGAUCUUGUUUCGGCAGAGUCUGUGCCCUUUUUUUCUUUGCAUGAGCUUUCUUCAAUAGACGUGACUGCAGGGCAUA